AGCUUCAUGGACGAUCUCUCCCUCUCUCACUCUCUCCUGGGCAGAGCUAUGGCCGCAGUGUGAGUGCUGCAGAUUCAUGUGUUGCAUCGCAAUGUCAUUACGAUCAGUCACAUUGCAUCGUGUUUCUACUCUCUUCAGGUUUCCGUGAAGUUUUUUUAGAGCGGAAUCCAUCAAGUGUAGGAUCAGAGUGAGUGGAAUUGGCUGUGGCGAGAAUAAGGGUUUUUCGUUUGGUGUUGAGGCGAUGGCGGACGAUGAAGACAACGGAUCGUCAGUGUUAGACGUCGAUACAUACGUAGAGACUGAGUCGCCCGAGGUAAUCAUCGCUAGGAUUGAGGGCAAGUCGCGGCAGGUGGAGCGCCUGCUGCGUAUACCGCAAUACACAGAGGCUUUGGAGACAGCUUUGAUGGAUGCGCCCACGCAAACACGGGACGAGCGGUGCAAGUCCGCCAAUUGGUUGCUGGUGCAUCGGGUGCUGAUGGCGACCAAGGAUGUGGAUGGGUUGCUGAUGGGAUUAAACCCCGAGCUGCAUGACAUUCUUAUGAAGUAUCUGUAUCGAGGGUUAGCGACUGGGGAUCGGAUCACCUGUGAUCUUUGUCUUAGACUUCAUGAGAAGCUUUAUGACAUGGCUGGAAUUGGCUGUAUCAUGCGAGCCAUAUCUGACACUCAAAAUCUUGUAUAGUUGCUUCAAUAAGCUUUUCAUGCAAUCUGGCUGCUUGCGGUUGUCUUCUAUAGUAGGUCUUUCCACCUGUAUGUUUCCCACCUCAUUUUCUGGUGUGGAUCUUUCUCAAUCCUAUUUCCUUCUUGCUUGUUCUCGAAUUAGCCAUCAGUAAAUUUUGCGCACGAGCAAAUACUCUGGAGAGAAGCACUAGGCAUAGUUCGAACCGGAUGAUAUCGCUAUCUUUUCUACCCUGACUGCGGAUGGACCGUUAAGUUCUGGAUUCCGAAUUUGUGCUAUUUCAGAUUGCCAUUCAUUCCGCUAUCAGGCUUACGGAUACCCUUCUACUGUUUUUCACUGGUGCAUUGAUUUUGCUACUGCAAAGUGUCUUUGAACACUCGUAUUGCACAUCGAUUUUUGUAUAUCAUAGUUGAAGUUAUGAAGGUAGAAUUAAAUUGUAGAUCUUGCAAUGAUGCUGUGCAUAUUAGUUUUCAGUAUAGACCUACGCAAAAAUGAGCUUGUUAGUGGACAGCAUUGAUUAUAGACAUAGUGUCAUCAAUUUAUGAUUGAGUAAAGCAAUGAAUUUAUAUUA